CGGGCUGUCAAAAUGUACUCAACGUGUUUACACCAUUGAGGUGUGCUUGUAUAUAUUAAGGGUGCCCAGGUCAGCUAUGCCACAGUAUAUGAAAGCAUCUCAUCUGGUCAGGCCCUGGAACCACUCCUGAGCUUCUGUCCCAGGACAGUGACUUUCAACAGGAUGAAGACUACAACUUGCUCCCUUCUCAUCAUCAUCUCCCUUCUCCAGCUGAUGAUCCCAGUGAAUACUGAGACCUUAGAUUCUCUCCUGGAGAAGAAGAUCAAGGAACUGGGCUGUGGAGGUGAGUGUACCUCCACUGUGACGAGGACUCUCUCCUGCACUAGUGUGACAGCUAGAAGCAGACUAGCCUCCUGUCCUGCUGGGAUGGCUGUCACUGGCUGUGCUUGCGGCUAUGGCUGUGGAUCAUGGGAUAUCCAGAAUGGAAAUACUUGCCACUGUCAGUGUUCAGUCAUAGACUGGACCACCGCCCGCUGCUGCCAACUGGCCUGAGAAGGAAGAGGCCGAGAACCCAGUUUUGAAAUGACGACUAUAACGAAACUGCAAUCUCAACUUGGAAACCUGGCUCAUGUCCGCUUAAUGAAUUCAUAUUACCCAGUAAUCCUGCUUCUUAAAAAAUAAAGACAAAUUUUCACCUGCCUA